UGAUGGCUCCCAAGUGUACUACUGUACUGACAUUUUCUUAGGCCCCAACAACAUAAUUGACCGGCGUAGACCACCUCAUCAUUCGGGCCCACGGCACAGCCACCACAAAAUCCCCUCUCCAUUUCUCUCCGGACUUAAAACCGAACAAGCCAAAAAAAACGAGACCAGAACACAAGGAAAAGAACUUUGACCAAAUUUUCUUGGUUUCUUUGGUUGUUUGAUUCUUUCCUUCACCCUUGGAUGAUCUCCAUGGACCAAGGGAAGAAGGAUCAAGCCAUGGCCACCUCAGUGCCAGAGCCCCAGCCCCGCGCCGACGCCGGUGGCGACGAUUUCGAGUUCUGCGUCGUGUCUUCCGGUGGGCUUGUGGCGGCUGGCGCCGCCGACAUGUGCGUGGCCGACGAGGUGUUCUCCCAGGGCAAGCUGCUCCCCCUCCGGCCGUCGGCGGCGGCGGCUGGCGACGUGGCGGGGCUUGGUCUUCUGCCGCGGUCGGAGUCGGUCGCGUCCACCGUCGGGUUCGGCUCGCGGUCGGACAGCCGCAGCGCGAGCUCCAGCGGGAGCAGCAGCGGGUGCGUCAGCCGGAGCCAGUCGGCCAAGAGCGCCUCCUCCGACCACUCUGCCGUCCUUCCGCCGCCGCCGCCGCCGCCGCCAAGGCGGUCUCUGUCGAGCAGCCUAUUCUACGCGCACCCGAGCCCGUCGCCGCAGCUGCGCACGAGGCCGCGCCGCAGCACCGGGUCGGCUCCACCGCCCGCCACCGCGUGGGGCAUCUUCCGCCUCGGCGUCGUCGGCGCCCCGGACGUGUACCCGCCGCGGCCCGCCGAGUCCAAGAACGCCGCCGCUGCGGCGAGAGUCGGCACCAGCAGGAGUGCAAGGUUCGAGCCGCCGAGCGCCGCCGCCGCCGCCGCCGACAGGAAGCCCGCGAUGGUGGGCCUCUUCGGCGACAGCUUCGGAUGCAAGUGCUCGCCCGACGUCGUGGUAGAGCCCGUCACCUUGCCGGAGGCGGCGAAGAGGACGGCCAAGACCAAGGUCGGAGUCAAGAAAGGUCGCAGCGUUCGUCGCAGCAGGAUCCUGGACUGGCUCGAGGAGCUAACAAUCACCAAGGAAAAAAAGAAGUAAUCUUUCGCGUAAAAGAUCGUGUCUUUCUCUGAGUACUUUGUGAUCAAGGUAACACCAUUCUAAUUUCUAAGCUCGCUCACUAGAAUUCCUUGCUCUGAUUAUGAUUGCCCUCAAGGCAAUAAAAAAAUUAACUUUAGUUUGUACAGAGUGAUCUGUCUCCCCUGUUCCUUCGGAAUUAUUAUCGCAAUGACACCUGCAGCUGCAGGUCACAGGAUAUUCCAUUGCCAA